GGGACGAAAGAUACCAAAUUUGAGCACAGUGGAUAAAAAGCAAGGAGAGGGAAUGACCAAAUGUGGAGGGAGCUAAAAGAGUGCGGCCAGAAAGGAUGAUCAUUUCCUUUUGGCUGUAAACCAUAGGUUGUGCGUAUGUAGCUCUCAGCCUAAGAAAGUAAUCCUCUCCAAUAUCUUUCUCUGUUUUUCUCUGGCGGCUUCUGUUCCUUGCUCUGUCGAAGCAGCAGCAAUUUGUUGCAUUUCUCUCUCUCUCUCUCUCUCUCUCUCUCUCUUCUGUUUCUUGGGGGCUGUUCAUCUUUAGUUUUAAAGAGUGAGAAGGCGGAAUGACUUGGCUCAAAGCUCUACUCGGUUAUGCUUGGAGGAAAAAGCUGGUAGCGAAGGAUGAUGAGUGAUAAAGCUCUCAACUUUGAGCAGCUUUUGUUGGGUUUGCAUCCGCUGAAGGGAGGAUUCUACUUUGUUUUGAUGUCAAUGGAAGAAGGAACAUCGCAUCAAUGGCAGAAUUCAAACGAGCUCAGAAUUAGAGACUCAAAAUUGGAUCUUUUCUCAAAAGAGAAUGAUCAGAGAACCGAAAUCUCUUCAGCCUCCUUCAACACAAUCCUCCCCGAUGAUAUCUUGGAGAAAAUUUUCUCCUUUCUCCCUGUUUUGGGCAUAAUCAGAGCAGGGUCUGUCUGCAAAAGAUGGCAUGAAGUAGUUCACUCUGGAAAAUAUUCAUGGAGCCGAAUGCCGCCGCAGAGGCCAUGGUACUUCAUGUUCACACACAGCAAGAACAUUGUGGGCUACGCCUAUGAUUCCACCAUUAAAAAAUGGUACAAUUUUAACUUCCCUUGCCUCGACAAAUGCAACUGGUUCAUCUCUUCAUCCUGCGGAUUAGUCUGCUUCAUGGAUUACGAAAACCGAAACCGAAUUUUAGUCUGUAAUCCCAUUACCAGAGACUGGAAACAGCUGCAGCAGCCCCCCAAUGGAAAAUCUCCAGAUUACAGCGCAUUAGCAUUAUCAGUAGACAGAUUUUCUCUCAGCUACACAGUUGCAGUGGUGAAAUCCAAUCAAAUUCCUCAUGAUUUUCUUCAAUGGGAGUUCACCAUACACAUCUACGAAUCAGAAAACUGCCUGUGGGUUGCUUCCAUCAAUGAAGUUUUGGAAGGAUGGAGAGGAGGCGAUGAGUGUGUGAUAUGUAAUGGAAUCCUGUACUGCUUAGUCUACUCCUUCUCAGGCAACAAUGAGCGUCGCCAUGGCCUUGUGAAACACAAGCUUCGCUCAAACUCUCCUCAUGUCUCUCUAAUUAGAACGAUGAUUCCAGUGCCAUGUCCCCUCACCUGCGGUCGGCUGAUGAAUCUGCGAGACAAAUUGGUUAUGGUUGGGGGAAUCGGAAGGCAUGAUCGGUCGGACAUUAUAAAGGGAAUUGGGAUAUGGGAGCUCUGGAACGAGGAAUGGCGAGAGGUUGCGAGGAUGCCGCAGAAGUUCUUUCAGGGAUUCGGGGAGCUGGAUGAUGUAUUUGCGAGCAGUGGUGCGGAUGAUCUGAUCUUCAUUCAGAGCUACGGAGCCCCGGCAUUGCUGACCUUCGAUAUGAGCCACAAGCAAUGGAGGUGGUCGCUGCGAUGCCCGGCGACGAAGAGGUCUGCACUCCAGCUCUUCACUGGUUUCUGUUUUGAGCCGAGGUUGGAGAUGAGAUCCUGAAGCUCUGUAACAGCAAUGGGGGGUUUCAUUGUUUUCUUCUUUUGUUUGUAGCAUUUCAGGGAUUAGUUGUUCUUUUCAGGUUUUUAUACUGAUUUUUUCCCCCCUAUUUUAAUUCGUAUCUGUUGUUGGAGCUGCAGGGCCAAGUUGAAGCAAGUGUUUUAAUAGAUGAGUGGAAAGUUGGAGUAAUUGAGUGCUAUUGCUCAUAUAGAAGGAACUUAAUUAUUAUAUUUAUGGGGCAUUUGCAUACAUAGCUCACAAUUUCUUUGUAUUCAUAUCUCUAUCUGACACUACUUUACGUUUUAUGAUUAUACCACCCAAAUCUUUC